CUUUUUCAUGAACAUUCCGUUGUCUCAGCCUUCUCUUCUUUCGUGUUAUUUAUUCAUCAUGACCUGGGCCACGACUCUGCUCAUAUAUGGUGGUGGUGGUACUGGUGCUGCUGCUGCUCAGUAUAUCGACCCGAUGAGGCUUCAUAGAAACCUUAGUUCAACACGACUGAGUCGUCCCGAUGAGACGAUGAACCAGAACCUUCGUUAAGCAUGUCCUCCGGAUGAGCAAGCUUACUCUGCCGGUGUGCCUGUUCGUGGUCAUUGGGUUGAUUGUCAAUCAUGACGCCCCCUUGAGCAGUAUUUCCGAUGGAUCGUCGUGCAAAACCGACUUGGGCAGGAGGCGAUCGCGAGGCAAAGAGGGAAUGGUGACGAACCGAAUAGCAGAGACUGGUGACGGCCUAUUCCGCUUCGUUCAUUGUGUUACAGUCUUGAUUACUUCCCUCUGGGUGGUGGCUGAGAGAGGGCUUGGGGGCUCCUGUACCCGAUUAGACGCCCAGGUUGUUUCGGGGACUUUGACCAGAUCGAUGGGGAACAAAUCGCGAGGCGUUCCGCGGAAUAUUCACUCCUCGUGGACGACUACGUUGGGGUUGGGCGUGGGAAGUAAGGAAUGUCCAAUCGCCGAUUCCUCAUCCUCGCAAGGUCUGAUUGGGUCAGAGCUUCAGUAGGCUGUCCACUGGUGAGUCAUGCUUAGCGUCUUUCCCAUCCCCAGAUACUUUUAGAAAUAUUUGUGGAAGUCCCCCACGAUCCAGUGGAUCAUGUAUGCAUCCUAUCCGUACGU